UUACAAUACUGCCACCACUUUCGUUAUCCAACACCGUGCACAGUUGUAUAACCUCUGUCAGAAAUAUUUUCCAUUCGCAACUUAAGCUCUACAAAUAAACCCAACAAUAAUGGCUGGCGAAGGCGAGAAACUGACCGGCCUGUCGAAAAUCUUCAAUGGCACCACCAUGGCCGGCCGUGCUAACGUGGCCAAGGCCACAUACGCCGUGAUGGGACUGCUCAUCGCCUACCAGGUCCUGAAGCCCAAGAAGAAGUAGAGCUCUCCACCCCGCAUCUUUCACAGAUCCGUACAGCGCUGCCGGAUUUCGGUUUUUGUCCGGAUCACACGUUGCUCUGUUAAGCGAGCCGUUUAUAUUUAAUGUGUAGUGCAAGACCUUGAAGGAAUAAAUAAGUUGAAAAUGUAACACACUGAA